CGGCGUUCCUGUAUUAUUAUUAAUUAAAAAAGAAAGAAACGACAUAGGAGGUCGUGUUGGGUUGAAAGUUGAGAGAGAGAGAGAGAGAGAGAGAGAGAGAGAGAGCAGAAUCCCGAAGCGGCUGUCCCAAUCCUCACACCGUUAUCUGCUUGGAUGCCCUUCUCAUAUCAGGCAACACGAAUGCUCUCUUUCAUAUUAUUGUUAGCAAAUACAUAUCUUGUAUCCCUCCUUAUGAGGAAGAGCAUACACCAAAGCCUUUGUCUUUCGCCGGGAAAACACCAGAACCCCUAUUUCUUCCUUCAGCCUCCCGUAAGUCUCCAUGGCUGCUUGUACUAUGCUUGAUGCUGGUGUCAGUGGCAAUCAUAUCAACGAAAAUACAGAGAGUAGUAAUAACAUUACCAGCGGUGGAAGUCCCUUGACGAGUGCCUCCAACAACAACAACAAUAAUAUCACCGGCACCUGCGAGAAACAACCUCAGAAUCGUGGUCAUCAGCAACGCCUGUCCAACGGAAAAAUGUUGAGAAAGAGGAUGGCCUCUGAGAUUGAUAUGGAGGUUCAGACCUUCACCACAAACACCAGCAUGAAUGAUUAUAUAAGGUUUUCCCGCCGAAGUAUUGGCACAACCACCAAUGCCUCGUCGAUGAGUCGUAGCUCUUUUCCAGCGGUGGCAGCUGGUAAUAAUUAUGUUGCCUCCGGAGAUAACUUCCCCAAACCAAAUCCAAAACAGACCAACUACUCCACUUCGCUACCUUCUUCCACGACGUUGACCACCAUGACGUCAGGCGGGGGCUCUUGCGGGUUUUUAUCUUGUGUUACUCCUGCAAACUUAAGUCAUGAUCAUAGCGACGAGAGCCUCUCGCAUCAUCAUCAUCAGCAGCAGCAUAAUCAUCACCAAGGUCCUGCUCAGCGCCAAAGCCAGACCCCUGCUGUUUGUGGGUUCUCGGGCCUGCCCUUGUUUCCUUCCGAAAAAUAUCGAAACAACAAUACUAAUAGCAGCAGAAGCGUUCCCAAUCCGAGUGGUGCUGUUGCUGUUAGUCCUUCGAUGGAAGACAGCUCAGCCACGGCGUGGAUCGACGGCAUCAUAAAGGAUCUAAUCCACAGCUCCAACAACGUGUCCAUUCCACAACUCAUCCAGAACGUGAAGGAGAUCAUCUACCCUUGCAAUCCUAACCUUGCCGCCCUCCUCGAGUACAGGCUCCGCUCCCUGACGGCAGCCGACCCCAUCCCGAACUAUCCGGAGAGGAGAAGGGCGGUGGUGCAGCUGCAGCAGCAGCAGCAUCAAGGCCAGGUGCAAGGAUCUUCAGAGCGGAUUAAGCUCAAUCUAUUAGACUCUGGGCUUCCUAAUUUCUCCUCUCCCGAACCCAUGAAUCAAUUGUACUUGCACUGGGGAAUUACACCACUGCCUAGCGCUUCCCCUAACCCAAUCGUCGAAGAUCAUCAUCACCAGCAGCAGCAGCAGCCAUCAAGCGCUUCUUCACUUCUCUCAUUGAAUCAACUGCAUCAGGUGCAAGAGCAACGACAACAAGAACAGGAAAACUCUUCCCCUGCAGAGACUACAGCGCCAGCAAUGACGUCAGCGACAUCAGCGACUACUACUAGUACCAGUACUAGUAACAGUGUCGCAAUCCUUACGAGGGAGAAGAAGGAAGAGAUGCGGCAGCAGAAGAGAGACGAAGAAGGCUUACACCUCCUGACCUUGCUCCUGCAAUGCGCCGAAGCUGUCUCGGCCGAUAAUUUUGAGGAAGCAAACAAGAUGCUACAGGAGAUUUCCGAACUCUCGACGCCCUUUGGUACUGCCGCGCAGCGGGUGGCGGCAUACUUCUCCGAGGCAAUGUCCGCAAGGCUGGUGAGCUCGUGCUUGGGAAUAUACGCAGCGCUGCCCCAUAGCCAUAGCUAUAGCCACAAGAUGGCUUCGGCUUUCCAGGUGUUCAACGGCAUCAGCCCCCUGGUGAAGUUCUCGCAUUUCACGGCCAAUCAGGCCAUACAGGAAGCGUUUGAGAGGGAGGAGAGGGUUCACAUUAUAGAUCUGGACAUCAUGCAAGGUCUCCAGUGGCCUGGUCUCUUUCACAUCCUGGCUUCUAGACCUGGGGGGCCUCCUUAUGUGCGCCUCACCGGCCUAGGAACCUCCAUGGACUCUCUCGAGGCCACCGGCAAGCGCUUGUCUGAUUUCGCCGAGAAAUUGGGGCUUCCCUUUGAGUUCAUUCCUGUGGCGGGCAAAGUCGGGAAUUUGGACCUGGAGAGCCUCAAUGUCAGCAAGAGGGAGGCCCUGGCCGUCCACUGGUUGCAACAUUCCCUUUAUGAUGUCACCGGUUCCGACACCAAUACACUGUGGCUUUUGCAGAGGUUGGCACCAAAAGUGGUGACGGUGGUGGAGCAGGACCUGAGCCACGCAGGUUCGUUCUUGGGAAGGUUCGUGGAGGCAAUACACUACUACUCGGCACUGUUCGAUUCGCUAGGGGCAAGCUACGGGGAAGAGAGCGAGGAGAGGCAUGUGGUAGAGCAGCAGCUGCUAUCGAGGGAGAUCCGGAACGUGCUGGCGGUAGGGGGGCCCUCGAGGAGUGGGGAGGUGAAGUUCCACAACUGGAGGGAGAAGCUCCAGCAGUGUGGGUUCAAGGGCAUCUCUUUGGCUGGAAAUGCCGCCACUCAGGCUACCCUGCUCCUGGGCAUGUUCCCUUCUGACGGUUACACCUUGAUCGAGGACAAUGGCGCCCUCAAGCUUGGUUGGAAAGACCUUUGCUUGCUCACUGCUUCGGCCUGGAGGCCCCCUUUUCCUGCUCCUACAUCUACCCAUUACUAUUGAGUAUCCAUUCCCACUAUAGCUGCUACAUACUCUGUUCUCGCCCGCACUUUAUUUGUUCCUUCCAAUAUGAUACAGUUAACUAGCUAAUCUCCCUCAGUGAUUGAAUGAUUAUCAUCUAUAAUUGUUGCGUCUUACACAAAUAUACGGGCUCGGGAUUUUGCGAGAA